UCAUCUAUUCAGACAGACCUGAAAGAUGUUUAUUCUGAUGAUACUUGGACUAUGUGCCUUUACUUCAUCUAGAGCCCUGUGUGCUGAGCGGUCAGUGUGUGCUCCUGUAGGUGCCUCCGUCCACAUGGCAACGCAGCUCCCCAAUUCCACCGACUUUACCACCUUCUACUGGAGAUUCCGUUCUGAGCUUAACUCAUCAGUGAACAUCGUGACAUAUAUGCAAACGUACGUUGACACGGUAGUCUCAGAGGUGUAUGGGGACAGAGUGGAGAUCAGUAAGGAAACCUUCUCUCUGACACUGAAGAAACUGCGCAAGACAGACAGUGGCAUCUACACAGCAGAGGCCAGUGGUCUGAAAGUUACAGACAUCACUAGAUACAACCUCACUGUCCUGGAUGCAGUGUCUCCGCCUGCUAGUGGGUCUGUGUGCCUGUUGAAGACAGUGUUGUGCACUGUAACACUGAUCCUGAUGUUGUCGGCAGUCAUCACUGUCCACAUCAGAGAGAGACUGCUCAAUAAGGAUCUUAGAAAAAUGACCAAUCUUAAAUGUAGCAGCACAACAAGCGGCAACACACAGCAGCAUGCAGUGUCUCCCCUUGAUGGUGCAUCUGUGUGUCUGCUGAAGACAUUGCUGUAUUCUGUAAUGCUGAUCCUCAUGUUGUAG